AUGUUAAGAAAUCAAAUAACAGGAAAAUUAGAAGCUGUUGGAGAUACAGUAGAACCAUUUUAUUUUAUUUUACGUCCAAAAGAUGAACAAAAUUUAACUCGUGAAGAUCAAGAUAAAGGAAAAGAAUUAUAUUCACUUUUAGUUCAAUUUGAAAUUAUUCAAGGAGAUACAAUAAGAAAAAUAUUUCGAAAUAAUUCACAAGAACGAGAUAAAAUAGAAAAGAUAAUUCGAAAUGAUCUUGAUCCUUCGAUUGCCGAUCCAUUAAUUAGUUUAUUAAAUAAAUUAAAAGAUAAUAUUAGUCAACAAAAUCAAUAUUUUUAUCAAACAGAUUUACCAUUUACUAUUAAAGAAGAAGAAGGAAAUAAUAUUCGAAUUUAUCUAAAAGAAAAAAAUAUUUUAAAGUUUGGUGGACUUGCCAAAUAUAAAUAUGGAGAUAUUAAAAGAAAUAUUGAAAGAAUUUUAAAAAAUAUUCAAUUUGAAAAUGAUAAAGAAUUAAUUUUGUCGAAAAUUUUGUCUUUACAAGGAGAUACUCGUUCAUUUAAAAAAGGUUUAAAAGCUAAUUUAAAAGAUUUUAUAGAUCUUCAAGAUCAAGAAAAUGUUCCAAGUGAAUUAAGAUUUUUUGAAGGUUUUAAUCUUAAUAAACUUUUGAUUAUUGAAGAAGAUAAAUCUUGGUGGGAUUGGAAUGCUUUUGCCGUUGCAAUGAUAGGACUUGUUCAAGUCAUUGCCGGAGCUGUUUUAGUAGCCUUUGGUUUGACUCAGAUAGGCAAUGCUUUAAUAUCAGGUAUUUUUAGUUGGAAAGAAUGGGCAAUACAAAAAGCAAUUAGCUUCGGUCUCUCUAUGUUGACU